AUGUUUGAUGGUUACCCAGUAUAUCAAGUUCUCGUCACCAAGGUGAACCAUACGUUGUACGAACUACCGGUUCUUCUCAUACUUCCAAUGCUCAAAUUCGUCCUAAAGCUGCUAUUCAUACCGGCGACUAUCCACAAGGAAGAAAUGAUGCCGGAGCAGGUUGUGUUCACGGUCAACUUUUUCGACAUGCUGUACCUGGCGACGUUCAUGCAAUCGAUCUCGUCCACAACGAUGGCAGUGAUCAUGGCUAUCGACCUCUUCCAUUCGGCGGUAUCCCUGCUCUCGCUUCAUAAAAAAUCACAGGAAAUCUCAGCUAAGAUCCGCCAGGUUUUCGGUACUGAUGUCCCAGUCGCCGAACCGUUUGAUCUACUCACUUCGAUCAGAUCGCUAUGCAGCCAUCCUCAACUAUUCUUCAAGCAGAUGCACCCAUGUAUUCGCGUGUGGGCUAGUAUGCCUCAUCAGUUAUCCCCCGAAGCAAGAGAUGUACUGGAAAGGAUCGAAAAGCAGCUACUGUACAACUCGGCGAAAAGGAAUUCCUUGACGUCAAGCUAG